GCCCCUGAGGGGGAACAGCGACGGGGGCGCCGCCAGAGGGCGCCAGGGGCACCGCGCACGCUUCCCGCGCCCGCCACCGGCCACACGUGAUAGCUGCGGGUGUGACGUCACGAGCCACGUGAUAACACCGCAGCACGUGACGCGGGAAAGGAGAGCGGCGGAACCGAGCGGGAGCGGUGCAGCCAUGGUGUCCAGAAAGCAGCUGGCAGAUUUUGGCUACAAGGCRUUCUCGGGCUCCAUGAUGCUGCUGACGGUGUACGCCGGGUACCUGUGCAGUGUGCGUGUGCAGAGGAUGCUGCAGCACCGCCGUGAGCGGGAGAACACACCCGGCCCCGAGAGCUGAGCCCGGCUGGAACCCGCCCUGCAUUCAUGGGCACCCCCGGGCUGGAACCCGCCCUGCAUUCAUGGGCACCCCCGGGCUGGGGGAGGCAGAUGGAGCACAAUAAAACCGUGUGAAAGUGGC